AUGGAUUUUUGUCCUGGAGGUGAUCUUUCUAAAUUAUUAGAUAUAAAAAGAAAAUUACCAGAAGAAGAUGCUAAAAUAUAUGUAGCAGAAAUAUUAUUAGCUAUUGAAUGUUUACAUAAAAAUAAUAUUAUAUUUAGAGAUUUAAAACCAGAAAAUGUAGUAUUAGAUUCAGAAGGUCAUGCUUUAUUAACAGAUUUUGGAUUAUCUAAAAAAGGAGUAACAGAUGAAGAAUUAAAUAAAUCAUUUUGUGGUUCACCUGCAUAUUUACCACCUGAAAUAUUAUCUAAAUAAGGACAUAAUAGAAUGGCAGAUUGGUAUGGUUUAGGUGUAAUGACAUAUGAAUUAUUGGUUGGUAUUCCUCCAUAUUAUGCUAAUGAACGUGAAUAAUUAUUUGAUAAUAUUAGAAAAGGACCAUUAAAAAUACCAAGAAGUUUAUCUAAUGAAGCAAAAUCAUUUAUAGUAGCUGUAAAUUAUUAUUAUUAUUAUUAUUAUUUAAGUUAUUAAAUAGAGAUCCAAAUAAAAGAUUAGGAUCUAAUUUAGAUGGAGAAGAAGUUCGUGAACAUUCUUGGUUAUCAAAUAUUAAUUGGAAAGAUUGUUAUGAUAGAAAAUUAAAACCAUCUAAACCAAUAGAAUAGAAAUAUAAUAAUGUACCAUUAAGAAUUAAUUUUAUGGAUACAGAUGAAAAUAAAAAUAAAAUAACAGGAUGGACAUUUUUUGAAGAAUCAUGA